AUGGAGGAUCAUAUGCUUCUGCCUGGCCAUAGGUUUUGCCCCAUGGAGGAUGAACUACUCUUGUACUACCUUAAGCCCAAGGUGAACGGGAAGGAGGUACCUGGAAAAGAAUCCCUUAUUUGCGAGUUGGAUCUUUAUGGUGACCAAGAACCAUGGAAGAUAUGGGAAAGAUUCGAAGCAAGACGGACAAACGACUUGAGGAAGAACAAAGAUCUCUACUUCUUCACCCAAAAGAAGAAGGUCAGUGCAAAGGCCUCGCGUAUAAGUCGGAAAGUUGGGAGUGGAACUUGGAAAGGCCAAGUCGCAGCCAAGAACAUAUAUCUUCUUGAUGAGAAUCAGAAGCCAACAACCACUCUUCUUGGUUUCAAGAAAACCUACACCUAUCAGAAUAAGCGUUCUGUGCAUCAUGGCCGCUGGAUCAUGUAUGAGUUCGAACUUCAUAAGUCGCAACUCCUGCCCAAGAAACAAGUAAACAAGAAUGACUAUGUUCUUCGUUUACUUAGGAAAAAUGAUGAACUGCCGGAAAGGAAGCGAAAAAGGCAACAAGAAGAGGAGAUGCUUGAGGAGGACUAUGUUGAGGAUGGUGAUGGAGAUAAUGAUUUGAACUGCGAUCCUGCAUUGUUGCUGGAGGAGCCGCAUGAGAAGCGGCAAUGCCUCCUACCUUGCUCCGAUAAUAAUGUCGCAGCACCAUCACUGGAGUGGGCUGAACUAGAACAAUGGUUCGACCAACAAUUCUUGCAGCCAACACCACUAGAAGAUGAGCCAGCUGUUUCUUUGCAAGUGUAUGAGGACUUGGGAGUGCAAAAACCCGUAACUGAACUACAAUUAAGGGAUGAAAACUUGGGGCAGCAAAGUCAUGAUAUACCAACCAAUACAGCUAAUGAAAUGAUGAGUGGCCUUGACUUUCACUGUCAUGCUUGGACACAGAGCUCUGGGAUCUUCUAA